GCCCGCGGGUUGAAGAAAACGUACGCAUCGAGCGAGCCGUAUUGCGUCGCGUGUAACCAAACAAGGAAAAGCAAGAGCAUAGCCAAUAGAAGCAAAUGAAAAUAUUACCAACAAAAUAAAAUAAAUAGAAAUAAAAAUAUCAAAUCAAACACAGAAUUGCAAUUAAAAUAGAGCGUAAAUAAUAUCAAUAAUUUGACACUGGGCCAACGUAGUUUAACCGUUCGUGUUCAAACAGCGGCAACCAAAAUGUCUCCCCGAUUGCCUCGCAAAUGAGCAAACAAAUAUUUGAUUGUCAUACGUUGCCGCUGCUGCGACCGCUGCUACUGCGGAGCAGCGAGUACGAGACCGAUACCGAUACCGCUACCGAGUCCGAGUCUGAGACCGAGUCAGUAUUACAAACGGCGUCACAGUCAGAGACUUUCACACACCGUGCCGCUUUCCAAGCAGGGCGUGUGCUGCUGCAACAUCAACAUAAGCGACAGCAGCACCCGCAGCAACAUCCACACCACCAACACCUCAAUACCCUACAACAAAAUCAACAACAGCAGCAGCAGCCACAGCCGCAGCCACAGGAGCAUCUUUUGUGUGUGUGUCCCUAUCAAAAUCCGCAUCCGCAUCUACAUCCACAGCCACAUCCGCAUCAAGAAGCAUGUGCGCGCUCGUGUGUGAGUGUGUGUUUAAUUGAAAAGUCAUCGUCUUGGCACGGUCAAAUGCAACUCAAUGCGGCCGCCACAGAAAUCUCAGUAAACUAAACCGUCGAGUGUUGUCCAAUUCUUGUUUUCGUAAUCGCCGUCAUCAACGCUGUUGCCGUCGCCGUCAGGUCUGUCUCAGCCACUGAAUCACUGUCGCCGUCUCUGUUUCUGUCGCUGCCGCCGCCCACGACGUGUUGGCCGCUUGUCAGCAGGUCUCGAAUUUCAUUUCGUUUCCGGUUCCGUAGUUCGGUCGCUGGUUCGCUGUACUCGGUCCGUCUGUCCAACUGUCUGUCGGGCUGUUGUUACUGCUUUUUUUUUCCUGUGCGGCGCGUUGUCGGUCCCGCGUCUAUUGUUGUUGUUAAGCCGUUGUCUGCCUGACUUUGUGCGCAAAUUGAUGUCAGCAAUCCAUGCCAACGCCCAAGACUGCAAACAGGAAUUGUUCAAACCUGCGACAACCAAGUGCUGCCAGCAACAAGAAUAAAACAAAAAUAAUCAGAAUAAAUAAUAAUUACUACACAACCUAGAACUUAGCCCCAGGCGCCAGGAAUUUAAAAACAUGAUCAUGGAAUUGUCAUUAAUCAGGCACUAGAUAAGCAAACAGCCACGAUAAAAACGCAUAGCAACAACAACAGAGGUAUGUGGUAGUAACUGAAGGCAGAGAUCAAAAGCAAACGGAGCGGCAACACUUGGGGUCGUAGUAGUUGCAACAACUACGACAACUUGUAAAAAACUACCCCGUGAGAAGUUUGCGUGCUGCUUUUAAGCGGCACCAUUGCUUCCAUUAAAAUAGACGCCGCAGCGCAACAGCAACGCUGCCGUCGUCACAAUCAACGCCAGCGCCAGCAUCAUCCACAUCAUCGUCAUCGCAGACGACGACGGCGCAUCCAAUCAUCGGGAUUCGGCGUACUGGGCGAGGGUGUAAGCGUGGGCGUGGGCCAGUCCCUGGGCGUUGGAUUUAGCAGAUGCUGCCCGUUGCUGGCAGCUCAGCCCGUAGAAGACAGCAACAACGACGACGGCAUAGCGAUACCAGCCACAUCCACAUUCACAGGGGCAGCUGCACUGACGCAGCGGCAACCCAUCCAGCAGCAAGGACGAAGGCGGCAUUACGACAGCCAGUCACUUGUGGGCAAUGCAACGCUCUGCGCAGCAACGGGUUGGACCUGGCCUAAGAUGGGUAGCGUUCUUUUUGCAGCUGUCCUCAUAGCAUUACACUUUACGACCGGGUGCCUGGCCAACCCAGAUGCUAAACGUUUGUACGACGAUUUACUGAGCAACUACAAUCGACUCAUAAGACCUGUGGGUAACAACUCCGAUCGUCUGACGGUCAAAAUGGGUCUAAAACUGUCACAGUUAAUCGAUGUGAAUCUAAAAAAUCAAAUUAUGACUACCAACGUUUGGGUGGAGCAGGAGUGGAAUGACUACAAAUUAAAAUGGAAUCCUGACGAUUACGGCGGAGUGGAUACCCUGCAUGUGCCCUCCGAGCACAUAUGGCUGCCGGAUAUUGUGCUAUACAACAACGCCGAUGGUAACUAUGAAGUGACAAUAAUGACAAAAGCAAUUCUACAUCACACCGGCAAAGUGGUUUGGAAGCCUCCUGCCAUUUAUAAAUCCUUUUGUGAAAUUGAUGUCGAAUACUUUCCGUUUGACGAGCAAACAUGUUUCAUGAAGUUCGGCUCGUGGACAUACGAUGGUUACAUGGUUGACUUGCGACAUUUAAAGCAAACGGCCGACUCGGACAACAUUGAGGUGGGCAUCGAUCUGCAGGAUUACUAUAUCUCUGUGGAAUGGGAUAUCAUGCGUGUGCCGGCGGUGCGUAACGAAAAGUUCUACAGCUGCUGCGAGGAGCCCUACCUGGACAUUGUGUUCAACUUGACGCUGAGGCGGAAGACGCUCUUCUAUACAGUCAAUCUGAUCAUACCCUGUGUGGGCAUAUCGUUUCUGUCCGUGCUGGUGUUCUAUCUGCCUAGCGAUUCGGGCGAGAAGAUCUCACUUUGUAUCAGCAUUCUGCUCUCGUUGACUGUGUUUUUUCUGCUGCUGGCAGAGAUUAUACCGCCGACAUCUCUGACGGUGCCGCUGCUGGGCAAAUAUCUGCUCUUCACCAUGAUGCUGGUCACGCUCUCUGUCGUGGUAACAAUUGCGGUGCUAAACGUAAACUUUAGAUCGCCAGUGACGCAUCGCAUGGCACCUUGGGUGCAGCGCGUCUUUAUACGAAUCCUGCCGAAACUACUCUGCAUUGAGCGGCCCAAAAAGGAGGACCCCGAAGAUGAUCAGCCGCACGAGGUGCUCACAGAUGUCUAUCAUUUGCCGCCGGACGUGGACAAGUUUGUUAACUAUGACACAAAGCGUUUCAGCGGUGACUAUGGCAUACCAGUGCUCCCCGCAUCGCAUCGGUUCGAUUUGGCUGCGGCGGGCGGAAUUGCCGCCCAUUGUUUUGGUGACCCGCCGCUGCCCUCCUCACUGCCAUUGCCUGGCGCUGACGACGAUCUGUUCAGUCCAUCGGGUCUCAAUGGAGACAUCAGUCCGGACUGCUGUCCAGCAGCCGCGGCAGCCGCAGCCGCUGCGGCUGAUCUCAGUCCCACGUUUGAGAGGCCCUACGCACGAGAGAUGGAAAAGACCAUCGAAGGCUCGCGCUUCAUAGCGCAGCAUGUGAAAAACAAAGACAAGUUUGAAAGCGUUGAGGAGGAUUGGAAAUACGUAGCUAUGGUAUUGGAUCGUAUGUUUCUUUGGAUUUUCGCAAUCGCUUGCGUGGUCGGAACAGCGCUUAUUAUAUUGCAAGCGCCUAGUUUGUACGAUCAAUCGCAGCCGAUUGAUAUAUUAUAUUCGAAAAUUGCUAAAAAGAAAUUCGAGCUGCUCAAAAUGGGUAGUGAAAACUCCUUAUAACGUCCACUUGGGUUCGCAGCAGGCUGGUGGAAUUUAAUCAUCAGCUCGUUGCGAACCCUGUUCGCCGCACGCGACGAUGAUCGUGGAUAAUAUACAACGAGCCAAACCAUGAGCGUCUCAUCGGCGUUAUACAACACUAAGAGUAUCAGCACCAGUAUCAAUAUCAGCGUUGACAGUGUUAAUCCCAUAAUCGAUAUAGAUAGAAAUCGCGAAACGAUGACCAACUCAUGGAGCCCAUUGUAAGCAGCGGAGCGAAGCGAACAUUGGAAAUUGUGAAAGAAGAAAGAAACAAACAACGGUUGCGAGUUUUGGAGCAGUUGAUCAAAAUAUGUAUGUAAAGUAAUGCAACACAAGCACUGUAGAGUUGGAUAACGCUACGACGAAAAUAACUGGGUUGGAACAACAACUAUAACAUAUAUAUUUAUAUGACACUGACACGACCAGUGCAACUCCGCCAACGGCAUAGAAUCUAGUUAGUAAGUUUUUGAUGGAUGCAUGAUGAUUGUGUGAAUAAACAUACGUAUAUAUUAACGUAUGUGAGUGUUGGACGGUUGUGCAGUGAUGCAUGAUAUUGCAGCCAGUGUUGUAAAAAAAAA